AUGACUGAGAAGCAUUGUGCCAUAGCACUUGUUUCAGCCGGAUUAGAUGAUAUUUUUCGGGGAUUGCAUCCACCUCUCUUUGAAGAGUAUGUUACACUUGGCUGCUUGCAAGUUGGAGAUCAACAGGCUGUUGGAGCUGCUGUUGGACUUCCUCAUACUAGCUCUGCUUCUUUUGCCAUUUCUGGGGUUUCUUUGACGCCAUUAUCUCAACAACCACAAGUUGGUGGUCUUGAUGCUGCCACGAUCAACAACUUGCCAAUCAUUGUCUACCAACAAGGUGCCAAUGAAACGUCGUCGUCGGAAUGUAGUAUUUGUCUUGGAGUUUUUGAAGACGGUGAUAAGUUAAAAGAGUUGCCAAGUUGUUCACAUUGUUAUCAUUGUGAGUGUGUUGACAAGUGGUUGAUUACACAUUCGAGUUGUCCUAUUUGCAGAACUUCUGUACGAGUCGUCGACGACUCACCGCCUGUUUGA